CAACAGGAAGUCAAUAUAAUGCCUAUCGAGAGUAUCAAGCAGGCCUUUGUUUUUAUGAGUUCCAAAUUUAACACGGUGAAGCAUGUUCGUGAAACAACGAGUACAAACCACGAUGCACUUUCUUUUCGAUAUUAUAAGGUCGUGAAUCAAGUUGAUAUUGUACCUACAUUAUCAUAUUUAUUUGGUAUUCCGAUACCAAAAAACAAUUUAGGCAAAAUAAUGCUUGAUUUACUUGUAGACACUAACGAAUUUGAAAAACUGCGAGCAUUGCAAUUAAAUGCCCAUCAAUUGUCUGGUAUACUACAAAAUACUUGGAUUUCUUUUGAUCGUGACCCUGACGUGACUUUACAGAGCGAAAAAAAUUGUGAUCAAAAUGCUGAUGAUGUUAAGACAAGAUUACAAUGUUUAUAUUGGUUGUCAUAUUAUUAUCACGCGAUGGCACUUAAUAAUAUUGAUGAAAAUUAUGUUAACAAUGCGUCUUUUUUUUAUGACAAGUUUAUUUCAGAGUCAGGCUCCUAUAUUUCUUCUAGUUUUAGCGAUUAUGACAUUGGUUCAAUGUAUUGGGGGCUGUUAUUCAUGGGCUUUGCUACUGUAUGCUUCAUUAUAAUAUUGGUAAACCAAAAUGCUCGAAGACGAAAACAAUUCAGAAAUUGGGAGAACUAUCAUAGGCUUCAAUUUCUUUCUUAUUUGGGCGCAUUUGGUUUAUGUAUUACUAUGUUUUCCAGUAGUUAUGUGGAAGAAGAACACCAGUUUUGGUAUUUUUGGAUACAAACGAUGUGGUUGGGGUUUAUUAUCUAUAGUUUUAGAUCAAGUAAUUAUGUGAAUGACCAGAGACUUGCAUUAUUGUCAGCUGGUCAGAUGAUACUUGUUCGCAUUAUUCGUAUUUGGAAUCAAACAGGUCAGAAAUACGCUGGUGAACUUGAUCUACGGUUUUACCUUAAUACAUUACAUGGAAAAAAUAUUCUUCAAAUAGUUUUGCAACUAAUCAUGAUCUUGAUUAUAUUAUUCACAACCCUUUCAAUAGCUAAAUACAAAUUAGAAAUUGAUGGUGGAUCAGUUUUAUUUCCUAACAUUUUUUCAUGGAUAACAGUGAUUGUUCCAAUAACCUUACCAGUUAUGUUGGCACGAGUGAUAUACACCGCAAUCGGAAUAACACUAAUUUUGAUUUCCUUACUACCCAUAUUACAGAAUAAACUUCGUGACAUUCAAGCUCCAAAAAUAACUUUAUUUCCAAGACUUUCACUAUACAUCAUUACAUAUUUACUAAUGCUUUUAUCACGUCCUCACAAUUUUUCCUUAUACUUGUUCUUCUUCGUUCAAUAUCACUUAUUAUCACAAUGGAUUCAUAUUUCAAUCUCGUAUGGAAUUGAAAUAUCACCAAUAACACUCAAUUUUAUUCUAAUAUGCUUAAAAUUUGUGUCAUUUUUCGCAUUUGGAAAUUCCAAUAGUUUAGCAACCACAGAUAUAAGCAAUUCAUAUAUAGGCAUAACUGUAUAUGAUCCAUUGUGGGUUGGGACGUUGACAUUUUUAGCAAACUGGACGGGUCCCAUUUGGUGGGUGUUUGCUGGGAAUUUGUUGAGAUUUGAAAUUGUUGAAAGGAGAGUUUUUAUAAAUCAAUCCGAAAAAAAUAAAAAUCAGAAUGAGAAAGAUGUUGGUGAAGGAAGCAGCAAAAAUGCGAUUAGCAAUUCUAAGUCAGAAACCUUACAAACUGACAAUACUAGAUCCAAUACACCAUCGGCAAUAUCUGCAUCUACAAUCGCCAUCAAACAAGAACUCAAACGACAUCAAUAUCAUACCUCACUAUUUCAAAUAACUACAUUUUAUUCAUUAAUAUUACUUAUAAUAUCUAUUGCUGUUACAAUAUUGAAAAAUCAUUUAUUCAUAUGGACAGUGUUUUCUCCAAAGUAUUUAUAUCAAAUUAUAUGGUAUACUCUGUUUUUAGUAGGAGUAGAGAUUGUAGUAGGUGGAGUGAUGUGGAGUAUGGGAUUGAAUGUUCUAACGAGAGAAUGA